AUGGAUGUUAAGGACAGCAAUCUCCGUGAAUUGCCUCCGGAACCAAAUGCCUUUCUCUCUCUAAUUAAAAACGAAGAUGUAUCUACUAUCAUCACCUCUCAAGAAGGCCUCCUUUCUCGUUUGGAAAAGACAAGUGCAAUGCUUCAAACCGUAAACGAGCUUUCAAAUCAAAGACGUGAUACCCUCGCUAGCCAGUUGGUGACAAGCACGCGUGUUCUUGUUUCGGUAAAACGUGAACUCAAUUUGAUUUUAAAACGAACUGGAUAUAUCAAGAAGAUCCUGAGGAUGCAGUAUCCUGUUGAGUAUGAUAUCGCAUCACUCAAGCUAGAAAGCGCUUGGAAAACUGACUUAGACGCAGAACGCGACGAUUUUACUCCUGCAGCCACUUCAAACUUCCAUCCUGAUAUGGUAUUUGAUGUUCUUUUUCUGCUUGUCGCACUGGUGAGUUUAUGGGUGCGUCAACGGACUGCCGACGUGAAGACAUAUUGCUUUGGAUACGAUAGAUUUGAGGUGAUUGCUGUGUUUGCGUCAACGAUUUUAUCCAUCAUUUCUUCAUUUUAUCUCCUGAAGGAGGCUAUAGAACGAAUAUUUGAACCCGCCAUGGUGGCCGCUGAAUACAUACCGUGGACAGCACUGAUAUGCAUCGGGUUACACAUGAUCUCUAUAUAUUCCAUCGAAAAUCCGGCUUUUAAUCACGUCACCCAGGCAAGCAUGUCAAGCUGGCUGCAGGACCAAGUUGCUGACAUCAGCCGCUCAUUGAGGAAUACCAUCCCUGGUUUUUCUCGAAUCCUGCCUCCUCGGAUGAACCCUAUCACUUUAGUGGGGUCGUUGGUCGUUGUGGUGAUUCUUUUUACUUAUAUGGUGAUAGACCCAACGACCGAGGCUGGCACCCUUCCUGACACGGUAGCGGCGGUCGUGAUUUCUCUUCUCCUCUUUAACACAAUGGUCCCAAUGGCAGUUUAUAGUGGAAAAAUAUUGCUACAAACGACUCCUUCGUACCUUGUUACGGCAUUAGACAAGGCCCUUCGAGAAUCGUCCACUCUUGAAGGCGUCCUGGAGCUUCGAAACGAGCACUUUUGGACGAUUGGGUUUGGCACCCUCGUGGGCAGUCUUUACGUUCGCGUUCGACGAGAUGCCACUGAACAGCUGGUAUUGGCUCACGUCGCCAAACGGCUUCACCCAUUCGUCAAACAUCUCACUAUUCAGGUCAUCAAAGACGACUGGGCUCGUCCAACAACUACUCUUAAUUUCGAUUGGCCGCCGCCGACGGGUUAUCUGCAAAGUGCGUCACCUUACCGGGUAUCCACGAGAGAUGAAAACCACGGUCACAGCCACUCCAGUUCCUCGUGUAAUCAUGGCCACUCACACUAA